AUGGAAGGCCUCUUCACAUUGCUCGCCUUGAGCGUUGUGAUGGCAAUUACAUCCUUCGUUGUCGGCUCACUACCACUUGCAUUCACACUCUCCCCCUCGCAGUUGAGGUUAAUAUCGUCCCUUGGGAUGGGAGUUUUAGUUGGGACAUCUUUGAUCGUUAUUAUUCCGGAAGGUGUGGAGACUUUAUACAGCGCGAAUUCGCAUAAUGACCGGAAAGAUCUCGCCAGUCGUUCGACGACAGCGGUAGAUUGGCAACAUCAAUCACUCCCGGUCGUCGCUGCGGUCGCUUGGCCCAAUUCAGAAGCGGCAUCUGAUUUUGACCUUACACCCGAAAUGCCACUGUCAGAGCUGUCCACCCCAGUUCCCUCACUUCCACUCGAUCAAACGGCACAUAUCGCCCGAGAUAACCAAGCUGGGCUCCAGCAGAAAAAGGAAGAGGCGACUUCUAAUACCAAGGAAGCUAGUGACCAUGAGGACGAGAACUCGUCGCAUGCGUGGAUUGGAAUUGCGCUUAUCAGUGGAUUCAUCUUGAUGUACCUCAUCGAUAAACUUCCCGCCUUCGCAACUCCGACGAAGCAAGAACGACUACCAUACCACAUUUCUUUGGAUAAUCUCGGGUCCGGCCUACGGCGCACUUCUUCCCCUUCCCGAGAGGGAGGUUUGUUGGAUGCUCCUGACACUUCGAAGGGAAGCCAUAGUUUUGCCACGACCACCGGUCUCGUCAUUCAUGCGGCGGCUGAUGGUAUCGCUCUGGGAGCCUCUACCUCGGACACCGGGUUGAGUUUCAUUAUCUUCUUAGCCAUUAUGGUUCACAAAGCCCCUGCAUCCUUUGGUCUUACAUCGGUGUUGCUCAAGCAGGGCCUCUCAAGCCGAGCAGCACGAGCGCAUUUGUUGGUAUUUAGCCUGGCUGCUCCCCUGGGGGCAUUGGCAACGUUUCUUUUUGUGCGGCUCUUGCGCUCAGGGUCUGCCAGUGAUGAGGCAGCUACCCUCUGGAGGACUGGAAUGCUGCUGCUGUUUUCUGCUGGAACAUUCUUAUACGUUGCCAUGCAUACGAUGCAGGAAAACAGUUCUGAUAUAACCACCCGCGAAUCAUCCACGAAUGGAUACGGCGACGCUCGGGAUGUGCCGACUAAAGCAGACAAGUCUAUGCGAGAUCUGGUCGCUUCUGUCAUUGGCAUGAUCCUGCCGUUAUUCCUGCAGAUCGGUCAUGCUCACUAA